GAAUUUCAGGUUUUAUACCAAGUACUCUACUGGAUAUAUUCAAUCAGUACCGGACAUCGAGAGAGUGAGACACAGUUGAACUCUUAUCAGCGCAACUUUCAGUCGUAAGUAUUACAGUCAGUAAUACCACAGAUACCACAUUAUCCACCACAGAUACCACAGUAUCCACUACAGAUACCACAGUAUCUACCACAGAUACCACAGUAUCUACCACAGGUACUACUACAGAGCCAUCUGUUCUGAUACAGAGACUCUCUACAGUCUUCUACACACAUCUCAAGUCUGCUACAGACAGUGUCGAGAAGAUGCCACCCGUCAAGUCACUGAGGAACUACGUCCUGAUGAAGCAGCAGAUGCUGCUGCAGGACGCUCAAAUAAGGGAGAUCACCAAAAAUAAGGAGCAUUACGCUCAAAAGCUUGGAGAGCAAGAGCAGCAGAAGCAGAGGCUUUGUGAAUACGCCAACAACGAGAACGAGAACCUCUAUCAGAACCUCUAUCAGAACCUCAGUGAGACCGCCAUCGAGCUGAAAAACAAAGAGGCUGGACUCCUGCAGUGCGACAGUUCUUGGCCGGAAAGACACACGUCUCUGAAGAACAAGUACAUCCAGGCCGUGAACGAACAGAGAUCGAAGACGAAAGUCACACCGGGACACACUACCGCAAGGCAUUUCGAGGAUGAGAAACGGGAAGUUGUUAACUACUACAGCAAGUAUGUGGCCAAGCGAGAAUAUAGUGCAGUGCAGACAUACGAACACAUGCGCAGGGACAUAGAGAGACUCUGUCAGAUGCUCUCUGAGACCAACAAACAGCUCAAACAAGCUCAGGGUGAAAAGAUAGAACUUGAGGACAAGUUUGCUAAAGAACUGGCAGCAAAUGACCAAACCUGGGAGAAGCUGCUGAUAAAAUACCAGCAGGAUUUGUUUCAGGCUGAGGAACAGGUCGACCAGAAGAAAACUGAGGUCCUGAAUCUGACCAGCAAGGGAGGUGAACUCCUACUGACUGAGGCAACUUGGCAGAAAAGAUUCAACGAGUGGAAGGACAACAAAGAACAACAGCAGAUGGAAUCCCACAAGCUCUCUGAGGCCAACAACCAGCUGAACAAAGCUGAACUGCCACAGAGUGACACUCUUUGCCAUGAAAAGUACGAUUCUCAAAUUCAACUGAUGGAGACAAAACUAACCCAAAUGGAGGCUGAGAGGAAGGAGCUCGAGGACAAGUUUGCUAAAGAACUGGCAGCAAAUGACCAAAUCUGGGAGAAGCUGCUGAAAAAAUACCAGCAGGAUUUAUUUCAGUCUGAGGAACAGGUCGACCAGAAGAAAACCGAGGUCCUGAAUCUCAGCAAAGAAAAGGAGGGUCUCUGGCAGGAACUCAAAGAGACAACGGGCCAGCUGACCAGCAAGGGAGAUGAACUCCUACUGACCGAGGCAACUUGGCAGAAAAGAUUCAACGAGCUGAAGGACAAUGAAAAACAACAUCAGAUGGAAUCGGACAAGCAGGUCAAUAGGCUGAAGCAGGAGAUCCAGGAUCUCAGAGUCUCUGAGAUCCAGGAUCUCAGCAAGAAGAAUGACAGCCUUUCUCUUAUGCUGACGGAGACAACAAGUCAGCUACGGAGCAAAGAAGUCGAACUCUCACAGUCGGACCGAGCCUGGCAGGACAAGUACAACGCUCUUGAGGACAGGAUGACAAGAGCCCUGGCCGAGAGAGACCAGAGCUUGGAGUCGCUGACGCUUAAAAACAAGAAGACAAUGUCAAUGGUUGAGGAGCUCCUGCAGCUCUGCAAAGACAAGGACACAAUCUCUCAGAAACUCAGAGAGACUUCUUUCGAGUUGAGCAGCAGAGGCGACAAACUCCAGAAAAAAUACAACGCGCUGGCCGACCAAUUAACACUGACGGCGUCGACAAAACAGGAAGAGCAGACGGAGAAGAAGGAAAAGAAAAAGAAGAAGGGUUUCUUUAGCCGGUUUCACAAGAAGGUGACGUGUGCCGGCGACACAAGAGUGAUUGAGGAGGCUGCUUGUUGUUCAGCUCAGGCUGGACAACAGUAGCUCCCUCUUCCUCCAC